AUGGAAAAUCAUAUGGUUGCAGAUCAAGAUGUUGAUGAUGAUCAUGAUCAGGAAGAGCUUUUGAAUCUAAGUCUUGCAAUCGUUACAGACCACGAUCAGAAGAGAAGAUCAAAGAAGAAGAGAAGGGUUGUCUUCAGCACCUCAUCAGCUGCUGAUCAAGAAGAAGGUAAGGUUUUCAAGCUUCUCCAAACCAGAGAACAGAUGUUGAAGAAGAUAUUAAUUGACCAGACGAGGAAACAACAUGAUGAUCGUUACGGCGGUCUCCGCUUGAUCCGUUUGCUUCUCCUAACCGCCACCGCCGUCGACGAGAACAAUGCUGACUCAGUCAUGCGCAACCUCACCGAGCUCUACCAGGCCGUGUCUCUGACGGGCGACUCAGUGCAGAGAGUCGUCGCUUACUUCUCCGAUGGCUUGGCGGCCAGGCUGCUAACCAGAAAAUCUCCCUUCUACGACAUGAUUCUCAAGGACCCCACAAGCGAAGAACAGUUCUUGUCCUUCACUUACCUUUACCGAGCUUCCCCCUAUUACCAGUUCGCUCAUUUCACUGCAAAUCAAGCCAUUUUUGAAGCGUUCAACAAGGAACAAGACGACAACAACCGAGCUCUGCAUGUUAUCGACUUAGAUGUUUCCUAUGGGUUUCAAUGGCCGUCUCUCAUCCAAUCUUUAUCGGAAAAAGCCACCAGCGCCAACAAAAUCUAUUUAAGAAUCACAGGCUUUGGAAGAUCCAUUGAAGAGCUUCAAGAAACCGAGACCAGACUAGUAAGCUUUUCAAAGGGCUUUCACAACUUGGUCUUUGAAUUCCGUGGCCUGUUAACAUCUCCAUCGUCGCCCUUCCAAACUCCUCGGUCUAAAAGAAAGAGAAGUGAAACAGUAGCUGUCAACUUAGUUUUCCAUCUCAACACGUUGGAUUCUUCUAUGAAGAUAUCUGACACGUUAAGAUCAGUCCGGUCUCUUCACCCCUCCAUUGUCACUUUGGUGGAGCACGAAUCGUGCAGCCGGUCUACUCCAAGAAGCUUCCUGUCCCUAUUCAUGGAGUCUUUGCAAUACUUUGCAGCCAUGUUCGAUUCUUUAGAAGAUUGUCUGCCAUUGGAAAGUGCGGAGAGGUUGAGCAUAGAGAAGAACCAUCUUGGUAAAGAGAUCAAGAGCAUGCUCAACUAUGGAGAUGAUCAUCAUCAUGAGAAGAUAGAGACAUGGAAGGGGAGGAUGGAGAGCCAUGGGUUUUCAGGGGUUGAGGUAAGCUCAAGGUCUAUGAUGCAGGCAAAACUGCUGUUGAAGAUGAGGACCCAUUAUUGUCCUCUGCAAUUUGGUGGAGAAAAUAAUUACAUAAAUGGCGGUGGGUUCAGGGUUUUUGGGAGAGAUGAAGGGAAGGCCAUUUCUUUAGGUUGGCAAGGUAGAUGUUUGCUCACAGCCUCUGCAUGGCGUUGUGUAUGA